AUUAGUGUAUCUCUUUCUCCUCCGCCUCAUCGUAAAGUUUUGCCCGGAGCAUAUCGACGGGAUCUGGGAGAACCGUGAAGAUGGGGAAAAGAGGAAGGGCUUGUGUAGUGGUACUUGGAGAUCUUGGUCGAAGUCCUCGGAUGCAAUAUCACGCUCUUUCUCUUGCUCUCCAGGCAUCAUUUCAAGUGGACAUUGUUUCAUAUGGAGGUUCUAUACCCCAUGAAGCUGUUCUAAAUCACCCAUCAAUCCACAUUCAUACAAUGGCGCAGCCUCGAUUUCUUCAGCUCUUUCCAAAGAUACUUUAUCCUGUUACUCUCUUGCUCAAGGCAUUUAUUCAGUUUACAAUGCUUCUCUGGUUUCUUUUCGUAAAAGUACGAGCGCCUGACAUUUUCUUGGUCCAGAAUCCUCCUUCUGUUCCAACCCUAAUUGCUGUUAAGUGGGCGAGCUCAUGGAGACGUGCAGCGUUUGUUGUAGAUUGGCAUAAUUUUGGAUAUACGUUGUUGGCAUUGUCUUUAGGAAGAAACAAUUUGCUUGUAUCUUUAUACCGCUGGUUUGAGAAUCAUUAUGGAAAGAUGGCAACAGGUUCGCUAUGUGUGACAAAAGCAAUGCAACAUGAACUGGAUCAGAAUUGGGGAGUGAGAGCCAAAGUUUUAUAUGAUCAGCCUCCUGAGUUUUUCCGCCCUGCUUUGCUUGAAGAAAGGCACGAGUUGUUUUGCCGAGUGAAGAAAGAUCUUUGCCAUCCAGUUGGCGUGUAUGAUUUCAUCAGUGGAGAGUUGGAGAAUAAAGAGUUUAAUGAAACCCUUUUUACUACCAAAAACAAUGCGGACAUCUCGCUGAAGCAAAACAGACCAGCUCUUGUUGUGAGCAGUACAAGCUGGACCCCUGAUGAAAAUUUUGGUAUCCUAUUGGAAGCUGCAGUGAUGUAUGAUCGGCGUGUUGCUGCAAGAUCAAAAGGAAGUGAUACAGCUGAAAUUUCAGAAGAGCAACACUUUUAUCCCAAUUUGUUGUUCAUCAUUACAGGUAAAGGACCUGAAAAGGAGAUGUACGAGGAGAAAAUCAAACGAUUAAACCUCAAACAUGUGGCGUUCCGUACAAUGUGGCUUGCAGCUGAGGAUUAUCCAUUGCUUUUAGGUUCUGCAGAUCUUGGUGUUUGCCUACACACUUCGUCAUCUGGUUUAGACCUUCCCAUGAAGGUUGUUGAUAUGUUUGGAUGUGGCCUCCCAGUUUGCUCGGUUUCCUACUCAUGCAUUCAAGAACUCGUUAAGGAUGGGAAGAACGGACUCUUGUUUUCAUCUUCAUCGGAAUUAGCAGAUCAAUUAUUGGUUAGUAACUUUCUUUCUUUUAAAGCCACUUUUCACCUAAUCUACACUAGUAGUAAUGUUCUUGUGUCCUGUUUUUCUGAACAGAUUCUCUUCAAGGGUUUUCCCGGGAACUGUGAUGCACUAAUGUCGCUUAAAGCGGGUGCAAUGGAGACUGGUUCUUCGGGUCGAUGGGCUACAGAGUGGGAAAAUUGUGCUAAACCUUUGAUUACUCGGGUCGUAUCUCAAAUAGCGGAUUGAUGAAAGAGAAGACUCAAAUUGGUGGGCUUAAAAAAAUCUGGCAACUUAUUUUGUAGAUUCAAAUUUUUGUACACAAUCAUAUAUAUCACAAGAUUGUCUCAAAAUAUUGACAAAUUUCAAAAAGAUUUUGGCAUGAGUCU